AAAUGGUAUAAAAAACUAUUUUUUCGUACCAUGGAUAUAUGCUUAUUGAAUGCUCAUGCCAUGUAUUUGACACAGAAUCCAGCAAAAGUUCCACUGGCCACAUUUCAACUUGCAGUGAUUAGGCAGUUGUUGGAAAGGUUUCAAAAAACAGCUUCGAGAUCUGUUCACCUGGAUCUUGGAAAUAAAAGACUCACACAAAGACAUUUUCCCGAUCUGGUUACAGUCAAGGAAUGCAGCAAAUCGGCCUACAGGAGAUGCUAUGUAUGUUCCCACAGCAAACAAAAACCUAAGAAAAGAAAAGAAACCAAAUAUAUGUGUAAGGAAUGCGAUGUUGGGUUGUGUCCAGCUCCAUGCUUCGAAAUAUAUCAUGAAGAAAAUCACUUCUGAAGUAAAAUGUCUUUCGAGUUUUUUUGAUACGAUGUGCUCUUAUUUUUGUUUUUUUGUCUUUAGGUAUUAGUUCUAGGGCUUCAAUUUCAGUUUUGAUUGACCUUCUUUAGUUCUAUUUACUGCUGUU